AUGGUGGUGGUGAUGGUGGUGGUUAUGGUGGUUAUGGUGGUUAUUGUGGUGGUUAUAGUGGUGGUGGUGGUGAUUGUUGGUGGUGGUUAUGGGGGACCUGAUUACUCAACAGCCUCUGAUGCUCUUUCUCUUAGCGGCAUUGCUGCAUCAGGAGGAGACUAUUAUUACUUCGGUGCAGCUAAAGAAUUACCUGGAGUAAGAGAAUUAUUUGCUGCAAAUGCUGAGGAGGUAAAUGAGCCAAGAAAGAGUCGCGCACAACUCUUUAAGAGAAUUACUCCUGACUACUUUGGAUGGAGGGAUGAGGAAAAUGAAGAUUUGCUGCUGGCAGAGCAGCACCAAGAGCAGCUGUGGCAACAGGAGCAGCAGCAGGAACUGCAGCAGCAGCAGCAGCAAGAAGAGCAACUACUGCAGAAGGUUGGUGCAGCAUCAGCAGCAGAUGUUGCUAAAGGAAUGGCUGCUGCUGCAGCAAGGAAAGCACAAAGAGGCAAACACAAACAAGACACAGAAGAAAGCAGCAGCAGCAGCAGCAGCAGCAGCAGCAGCAAGAAAUUUCAGGUGUAUGUUGAUCUACCUACAGAUGCAGAAAUUAGUCGUUUAUUAUUAGAGAAGAAAAAACAAAUUAUUGUCAAUAAAUAUGCAACACCAGAGGCACAAAAACAACAACAA